AUGUUCACACCCAUUCAAACCUCCCUCGGAGCCUGGCUUUUAUUCCAGGGCUCCUCGGGUCUACUCGUCCAUAACGGCGCUGUCUUCGGCAUAUCCUCCCUUCUUUCGGGUUCCGUCUUCAAUCCAUCAAAGGAGAACAUUCCUAUCAUCGCUGGCUUGGUCUCGAGUAUCCUCCCAGUCUACCUGCUCGCCCCAUCUUUGCUCCCAAGCUACCCUGCAGCUCCGGAUUCAUUGGCUACGGCGGUGACAACUUUUGGAGUCGGACUUCUCCUAGGUUGGGGUACAAAGGCUCAAACAUUCCACCCUGCGGCCCAUCAACACCAUGCUACACAGCCAUGGCCCCCCUCAGCACCCGAGCUAGCCUUUAUAUCCGGCGCGGUUAUAUUAUCAACGAUCACGAAUUUCUUCAUUAUUCCUAAAUCAUUCACCCGGAGCGAGACAAGUCGAACUGCCUUUGCCUACAUCGCCGGACUCGAGUUCGGGCUCGGCCUAUUGAUCUCUGGAAUGGCGGACUCGGCUAAGGUCUUGCGGUUCUUUGCUCUACCCACCGAUCCCUCUCGUUUUGAUCCCUCCUUGGCUCUCAUCAUUGCAUUUGGCCUUGGUCCUUCACUCGUGACAUAUUUGUCAUUGGAACCGGGUCAAUCGUCGGACAAGGAUAAGUCUGCCGCGAAGCCGACGCUAGCUGAGCGUUGGAGACUCCCUACGGCGACGGUGGCGGAUAUCGACUGGCGAUUUGUGGCUGGUGCGUUGGCCUUUGGCGUGGCGUGGGGGUUAAGAGGAGUCUGUCCUGGCCCGGCUCUUUUGAGGGCAAUUCUCCAGCCUAGUUGGGGGUUGGUGACGAUGAGUGGAUAUUUUGUUGGUAACCUCUUCUAG